CAAAAUUUAAGAACGUUUCUUAGUGUUAGCUUAUCACUUAAGACUUAAGCAAAUAAUGUUUAGAAAUAAACAAUCGUACUUGAUAGAUUUAGACCUAGAUCUAGAACAACAGAAUGAAAGUUCAUGAUUAAUAAUUAAUACGAAAUGAUAAUCUAGAGUCUAGUUUUUUAUACGAUAGGACCACUUAAAUCAACUCAAUCAAGCAUUUGCCUACGUUACUAUUUUAAUUAUUAUUUUAAAUAAUUUUAUAGUAAUACCAUAACUACUAACUAGUCUAUUUUCUAAACCAUGGAACCAACCAAUUGGGGAACUGAAAUUGUUGUGGAAUUCCUGAGAGAUACAUUUGUGAAGUACCUGCAACCAGAAUAUAUUAAACAGAAAAGCUGCAUAAUCGAAAAAAAUUCUGAGGAAAUAUUUCUGUCAAAACUAAGUGACCGUGAGAAAUCUGUGGAGGAACUUUUUGUAUGGUUGUUAGACAGUGAGACAUACAAGGACAACAUCAAUCAUUUCAUAGCAGCUUUAAAAGAUUUUGCUGCUGAUCCAGAUUCUUGUGUGCUAGUAGAAAAAAAAGUGAAUGGUCCAAAUGAAUUGAAGGCUGCACCAGUUUGCUAUUAUUUGAGUUCCAUCAUUGACUUAAUAGAUGGAAGUUUGCUACAGAAAAUCAAACAAGAAGAUUUAUAUCAUGUACUUGAUGACAUGCAUAGUAAUAAUAUAAUCAAUGGUACUGCUCAUAAGCGUUGCAAAGCUAGAUGUGAUACUUCAGAAAGUCUUAUGGAAUUGAUUAAGUGUAACAAAACUGAGAAGAGUGAUUGGCCUUUUUUCUUCAUUAACUCACUGGUCCAGAAUCAACCUGGUCUUUUCAACUUGAGUUGUUGCAACAAACAUCAAUUUUGUUGUGAAUUUGAAAGCUAUGAGCCAAAGCGAUAUUCUAAACCCAAAAGUGUAGCAAGUGACUUUUCAAGCAUUAGUGCUGCUUCAAACAAACAUUCAACAACACCAAAAGAAUGUUCAACUACUGCAGCCUCAUUAUCUAGUCACCACGGUGGACAGUUUGAUAUACCAGAAUCUGAAGUAUCAAGAGAGUUUUCUGAUGCCAAAAGAAUUUCUGAAAAUUACUAUAAAGUUGAAUUAACAGCUGCUGAGCUAAAUAAACCAAUUACAAAGAGAAUUUUAAAGAAUAAGGUUAUUGACUCCAGACAUAUUGAAGAAGUGAAGGACAAUUACAUGAGUUAUGGAGAAAGUGCUUGCUGUUCAGAUGAAAAUGAUGAUGAAGAUAAAAAAAGCACAUACAGUGCAGAUAAAGAAAACCGAGUUGUUCCAUUAUCUACUGAUUCUGCAGUGCUAAAAACACAUCGUCCACCACCUAGUGUCAAAACAUCUUGUUUUUCGAGUGUACCAGGUGAUUCAGCACCACAGUUACAAGGUUUAGAAUUUGAUAGUACAGAAGAGAUCUUGGAGGAUACUUAUGACAUACUUACUGAUGGUGAAGAAUUACCAGCCAUAAGAAAAACAGGUAUAAAUUAUCAAGACUUAGUCUUGCGAAACUACCAAGAAGAGUUAGCUGAAAAAGCUUUGGAAGGAUUUAACACAGUUAUAUGUGCUCCCACUGGCUCUGGAAAGACUUUAGUGGCAGCAUACAUAAUUUUUGAGCAUUUAAAAAAAGGUACCUCUGAUACUAAUAGCAAAAUAAGAGUAGCUUUCCUGGCUAGAACUGUUCCAUUGGCUACACAGCAAUAUAAAUUUUUGAACGGGUAUCUCCCAAAAGCUUACAAGAUUGAGCUCAUCACAGGAAGGAGUAAUGAUACCAUGAGUCUUAAGAGCAUUCUGAAAGAUAACAAUGUUAUUGUGAUGACACCAAUGAUUCUGCAGAAUAAUAUAAAAAACAAACAUUUCCGCCUUAGCAAAUUCACUUUGUUAGUAUUUGACGAAUGCCACCACACACGAAAAGAUGAGCCAUACAACGAGGUCAUGUUUUCUUAUAUCAGUAUUAAAGUUAGAGGCACUGAAAAACAGAGAAACCAUUUGCCACAGAUUGUUGGCCUGACAGCAUCAAUUGGUGUAGAGAAAGCAGUUGUGGAGAAACAGGCUGUGGAAAGUGUCAAAAGUGUCAUGGCUAACCUUGAUUCUCCAUAUUUGUCCACUGUUAAAAGAUUUUUGCAAGAAUUGCAAAGUGUGGUGCCUGUUCCAUUUGAAAGGUAUGAGCUUCUUGAAGAACUUGAUACAGAUGGAUGUGCAGUAAAAGUUUAUGAUAUAAUAGCGAAACUUGAGCAACACAUUAAAAAUCAUGCAUUAGAGUUGAAAAAUGAAAAAAUAACAAGGCUGGUAAAUGAUAUUCCUUCAAACAAAAAAAGCCAGGGUUACUGUCAGUGGAUAGUUAAACUAAAUAAAACAGCAAUGGCUGUUCCUAUCACUGAUCCAGACAGAGAAACAAAUAUGGAUGUGAGAUCAAUCAUAAUAAUCACUCACUAUUUAAAGCACUACAACUUUGCUUUGGAGACCCAUGACCUUGUGGAGCUGAGAGAUGUAAUGGCAUACCUAGAAAAUUGCUUUAAAGAUUUUCAACGCUUUCCCCAAAACCCAAGUGAAGAAAAAAUUUUCUAUGGAUAUUUUCAAAAUUUAAAAGCAGUGGUUGCUAAAAGACAAGAUGUGGAAAACCCUAAUCUUUUAGUCUUAGCCCGGACAUUAGAGGAAUACUUGUUAACCAAGGGUGAAAACAGUGAAAAAUCUCGGGGUAUCAUAUUUGUGCGAACACGAGCCUUGGCAGAGGCUGUUGUAUCCUGGAUAAAAAGAGGUGAAAUGAAAUUCCUGAAUCCUUCAGUGUUCACUGGAACCAAUGCUAGUGAGGAGCAAGGAGGAAUGUCUCAGCUACAACAGCAAAAUGCUAUUGAAAAGUUUGCAAGUGGUGAGGUUAGACUGUUGGUAGCAACUUCUGUUGCUGAGGAAGGUCUUGACAUCCCUGAAUGUAACCUAGUCAUAAAGUAUAACCAUGUUGGCAAUGAAGUCACUACUGUGCAGACAAGGGGGAGAAGUAGAAAACAAGGUGGUGUCUCUGUCCUUUUAGCUACACAGAGUAUUCUGAACAGAGAGAAAAAUAACCAAGAAAGGAUGAAGUUGAUGAACAAAGCAAUUAAAGCUAUUGCUGAAAUGAAAGAAUCUGACAUCAUUGAGUUCAUCAAUACUUAUCAGUUAAAAGUCAUUGAAGAGGCAGAGAUUGAAGAAGAACUUAAGAAAAAAAGGAAAGUUGAAUCAAAAAGUGAGGUUUUUAAAAUGGUGUGCUCACGUUGCAGAAAAGUUGGAGUUAAUAAUACAAAAUUGAGAACUAUCUUUGAAAAGUAUAGAAUUUCUAUUGACAGGGACUUGGUGAAUAGUGGGAAAAUAAAAAUUGUUGAAAGAAGAAGUGGACAAAUAAUGGAUGAAAUUGAAUUCCUAGGACCUGUAUAUUGUCAAGGAGAGCCAAACUCAGGAAAAGUUUGUGGAAAUCCUUUGGGUCAAAUGAUCAAGUAUGAAAAAGUUCAUUACUUUGCUGUUGGCAUAAAGAAUUUUGGAUUUUACUUGGGUGACAAUCAAGAUUUGCGUCUGUUUAAGAAAUGGAAGCAAGUGCCAUAUGUUAUAGAGGAACUCACCUUGGAUGAUACUAAAAACUACCUUUUGGAAAGAGAGGAUAACUUUACAAAUGAUAUCAGUGAUGACUCUGAUAGCAGUGACAGUGAUGAUGGCUCAAAUCAAGGAGCUUAUGCUCCACCCAUAAAAAAACACACACUGAAUGUUGAGGCUUCUUUAGUAGAAGAUGCUGUUCACAUAACACAAGUUAAAACAGUUUAUUCAAAUACAGAGAUACACUUUGCCAAAAGCAUCAAUAGGCCAGAAAAUGAGGCACCUCAAGGAUUUCAAGAUUGUUUUGACACAAGCACAUUGUCUUCCAUUAGUGGCCCUAUUCACUUGCUUGACUCAUCCAGUUCAAUAGCAACAGCAGAAUAUAGUAGCGAGAGCACUAAUUUGUCUGAACAUUUUUAAUACAAAUAAAAUUCUGCAAUUUUAAAAACUGUGGCAAAACAAUUUCCAAGUAAAAUUAAUGUAUAUACUAAAUUUAAAAAAAAAAUAAAAAGACUUUAGUCAUUAUGAAAUAUGCUCAUAUUUUAUUUCAAAUUUGGAAAAAAAAUCAUGCUGCAUAAGUGUAAAACAAAAUCAAAUAAAUUAUCAAAAAUAAAAACAAUUAACGAUGUUUGAAACUUGCAAAGCACAAAAUGUUUCUAAAAUUAUCUUUCUAAAUUCAAUUUAAUGGCUAUAGAAUGGUAAACACAUAAACAUAUCCAAAUAAUAUAGUAAAACAAGUAACUUUUUAGUGUUAUCUUUGUUAAAAAUAAUUGGAAAAAACUGAAUUUGGGUAUUUUUAUGAUUUAUACAAACACAAACUUAAAUUAUAUAAGUGUUUAAAAUAGAUAUGAUGUAAUGUUAAUGUUAAUUUAUGUGUUUAAUAAUUAAAUAAAUGCAUUUUUUGUAUAGAUAAAUGUUCUUAAACUUCUCAUGACAAUUAUUUUAAUUAUCCUGGUGAUAUUUGCUUCCUGAGAUAAAAAUCUAUGCUGUGGCUUAAAACUGUUUUUAACAAAACCAUUGCUUUCUUAAAUAUCUUUUUUUGAUGCUUUUGUACAGUACUUUAUAUUUUAUCAUCUCUACUACUUUAAGAAAAGGUCUAUUAAUAGUAUCACUCUUUUAUAUACUAUUAUUUUAAAAAUAAAGUGGAUAACUUUUAAAAUUGUAGCUACACUGUUGUGUUUUUUAUUGUUUCAAUGAAGUUUUAAAAGUUCUGGUUAGGGAUUAUAGUUGAAAAAUACUUCAAAAGCUUUAAUUUAUGUUUUACCUUUGAAUGUUGAUUAUGCUAUUUAUAUUUUAAUGUAUUUAUUAACAAAAUGGUUGUAUUAUACCUGGCAUUCAACGUACACAUAUGAUUAGUAUUUAGUAUAAGAAUGUUAGUGCUUGUUUGUAUACUGUGACUGUGUAACAAAAAGACUAUUCAAAAUGGUGAUUAAAUUAUAAACUUGGUGCCUUA